AUGAGCGAUCGCCCUCCCGGAUCCGGCCGGGGCACCCCUAGCGGUUCCCAGGUCGGCUCCAAACCCGGCUCCAAGGCCGGUUCUCAAGCUGGGUCCUCGAAGCAUAGCUCUCCGAGCAAAGGUUCCGGCAAGGGCACCGAAGCACAGAAGGCCACUGGAACUGGACCAGAUCCCGCACUUGAACGUAAACCAUUGACUGACGCCGAGGUUCUGGGCAAGCGCUGCGACUUACCGCCUGAUGCCUAUCUUAACGCGUCAGGAACUAAAUGGACGAAGCGUCCUGGUGUUUGCACAGCUGGUAAGGCUAUCAAGAUGGGCCUCAACAUUUUCCCAGUCGUUACCUAUGGGGACAUGGACAUCUACCAGUACGACAUUAUCGUGGAACCGAAUCUGAAGAAUUCUCACUCUCUCGUGAAGAAGGUCUGGAACGCCCAGACGGUAACAAAGGCCCUCCAGAAGAUAGGCGGCAGAUGGCUAUAUGACGGCAGCAAGCUGGCCUGGUCUUCAAUUAAGGCCCCGCAAAGUGAAACACGCAUCAGUGUGGACCUUGACGCCCUGAAAAAGGAGGAGCAUGAGCUAGUCAAGAAGAAAGUAGACAAGCAACGAAUCUUCCUGCUUAAAAUCCGACAGACUAAGAAGAUUCAUCUAGCGUAUCUCAAGAACUACCUGUCGGGCAGGAUCUCUUGGGAUACACACGUUCUUGAGUGCAUGAACUUCUUUGACCAUUGCUUGCGCCAAUGGCCGUCUGAGCGAUGGAUGCUUAUCAAACGAAAUUUCUUUGAUCCAGACUUUCCGUUUAGCAUGCUUGCAUAUGACGUUCUUGCAUCUCAGGGAAUCUAUUGCGCGCCGCGCCUCAGUGAGGCAUUCAACAGAGGUGGCUCGGGUCUUGCAAUCAACGUCGACAGAUGCCAGACGGCAUUUUGGCCAGCUGGUACUCUACUUGAGACUGCAUGCUGCAUCGUCAACAGUCAGAAACACGAAUGGAAAGGCUUGAACGAGUACAAGGUCGAGAGCCUGCUUCGUCCUAGAGACGUAAAAGAUGAAGCUACCGGCAAGUGGCAAAUCUUGCCUUCGGAGGCCUUUGUUUUCCUACGACGAUUGACUAAGCUGAAGUUCACUGUGUCCCAUCGAGGCAAAAUUGGAGAGCCUCGUGUUUACACGGUGAAGCGCGUUAUGUUCGACACCAAGUACGGAACUGAUGGCGCAAACGCGAAGACCGUGACCUUCAUGAAGGAGUUCGAGGAUGGUCAUACGGAAGAGACCACCAUCGAAAAGCACUACAAGGACCGAUGGAACUUCAUCCUAAGAUGGCCACGUUUUCCUAUCGUCGAGACGCCCCAGGGCCACAAGUUCCCAAUGGAAUUGUGCAACUUGGUGUACCACCAGCGGUACAACUACAAGCUCAACCCCCAACAGACGAGCGAGAUGAUCAAAAGAGCGGCUACUAGGCCCCCCCGACGUCGAGACGAUAUCAUGGAAGGUAUAAAGCGCAUUGAGUGGCCCAAUGACGCCAACCUCAAGGCUUUCGGGAUCAAGAUUGAUCCCAACAUGGUAAUCACCGAUGCGAGGCUUCUUCAGAACCCUGAGGUCGCUUUCGCGAACCAAAAGAUUAACCCAGGUGUUACUGGACGCUGGGAUCUCCGCGGAAAGAAGUUCCUGGAGCCCAACGCUUUCGCAUUGAACUCGUGGAGUUUCGUCUGCAUUGGCGAUGACGCUUAUAGCCCCAAGCAGAACGAGCUUGAAGUGUUCGCCAGAAACUUCUCCCAGACUUACCGAAACCACGGCGGCAGAGUCGAGAAAGCUGCAUUUUGUCUAACGAUUCCGUUUAGCGGUGGCAAUAUGAGCAAAAUGUGCGAGACAGCAUAUUACCAGACAGGUAACCACUUCAAGGCGAAGCCUCAGAUCAUAUUCUUCGUGUUGCAAACCAAGAAUCAAUUAACCUAUGAACGGUUAAAGAAGAAUAUGGAAUGUCGCUGGUGUAUCGUGUCGCAGGUUUUGCUGGCAGACCAUGUCAAAAAGGCUAACGCGCAGUAUAUGAGCAACGUCGCAAUGAAGGUGAACAGCAAGCUCGGCGGCGUCACUUGCAAGGUUCCCGGUCCUACUGCUUCCCCGCCGUUCUUUCCAGUACCAACCAUGAUGAUCGGAGUGGACGUCUCGCAUGCGGCUCCUGGUAGCCAACAGCCGUCCAUGGCUGCUUUAACCAUGUCAAUGGACAGGCACGCGACUCGAUUUGCUGCGGCCUGCCAGACAAAUGGCUGGCGCAAGGAGACGGUACUUCCGUCGACUAUGCACAAUAUGAUGCCUAAGCUUGUGAAGCAUUGGAUCUCUAUCAACAAGCUUCAACCAAAACAAGUUUACUAUCUCCGCGACGGCGUCUCCGAGGGCCAAUUCCAGGAUGUCAUGGACACAGAGGUGAAGGAGAUGAAACGCAUCUUCAGAGAUCUGGGCUGUCCAAAGGACCUACUUCCUCAGUUCACAGUCAUUAUCGCAACGAAGCGUCACCAUGUCCGCUUCUUCCCCAAGGCAAAUGAUAAGACGGCGCAAGACCGUAACGGUAACCCGCUACCGGGCACUCUAGUUGAGCGAGACGUGACACACCCUCACCAUUGGGAUUGGUACCUCUGCUCGCACGUGGCAAUCCAGGGCACCGCUCGUCCUGUUCACUACCAGGUCAUUCUCGACGAAGCUCACGUCAAGCCAAAUGACCUCAUGAAGAUGCUCUACCAACAGUGCUACCAGUACUGCCGCUCUACCACCCCGGUGUCCUUGCAUCCGGCGGUGUACUACGCACACUUGGCGUCCAACCGUGCGCGCUCUCACGAAGGCAUACCGGCCGAAUCUCAAGUUAUGGCCUACGGCAAGCCAGGUUUCCCCUACGCACAGAAUCACUCUGAUGUCUACAAGGGAGCUAACCAACCAGAUGUUGAAUGCCCCAAACUCCUUCCCAUGGACAGCAACAACCAAACUCGAGAUAUGGUUCGAUUCUUGAAUACCACCAUGUGGUAUGUCUAA